GCAUUCAAUCAUUACACUUAACUGUCUGCACAUUCCAGAAAUAUUCAUAUCUGCCUUUUGUCAUCUUAAAGGGCCAGUCCUGCUAGCCUCAGGAAUUUCAAACAAUAUUACAUUUAAACAAGCUCCUUCAAGGGUAUGCACAACUGCUGAAUGAAGAGUUUUUCCAUCACCCUUACCACCACUGGGGGGGAGGGGUCCACAAUAUGGCUGAAAAGGGCAAACCCCCCAGAAACUCCCCUCCCUUGGGGACUUCUUGUACAUUUGCCCUCUGUGUUUCUGCAAGUUAGUCAGCUCUAUUCUUCAGAUUGUCCACGUCUUCCAAUUACCAUCUCACCCCACCUGUUUUCCAGAAAGGUAGCCAUGUUACUGCAUUGUGCCCAAACCAACAAAGUUAUUGUGUAGCAAAAAAAAAAUAAAAAAUAAAGAUUGACAAAUAUUACUAAAAGCUUUUGUGAACUGUGGCCCAGCUUUAUCAGGUAUGCCACCAUGAACAGAACACAGCCUCUGUGUUUACAGAAAAUAAGCUAAGCUAGGCCUGCUUACUAUUUGAAGGGGAAUUGACAAGAAAACUCCUCAGACAUCCUGUUUAAAACCUUGGGGAGCCACUGACAACUCAGAGUGGAUAAUACCUGGGCUAGAUAAACCAACUUUGACUUUGUGUAUAUGGCAUCUUCCUAUGAUGCAUGCGUGUUACCAUAGUUGGCAAGUAUUUACACACAUGGAUGUCCUGGUACUGCUUUGCAAAAGAUAUAAAUGUUGCUCAUUCUAUAGUGAUCAACAAGCCAUAGCUGGGAGUAACAUGCCUUUAGUCACCUCUGGUGAGUGGAAAUUACUUCCAGUGACAAGUCUUUCUCUUCCUUCUCACCCACAUGAUUGGGUGUUGUGUCUAUGAUCUUUGAAAACAUUUUUGUCAGGAGAAAGCAAGCAUCACACACCACAGGUUGUUGCAGCUUCACAAGGGCAGCUACUGAUUGCACAUUUUGGUCCAUUCUCUGCCACCUGGCUUUGGAGCAUUUGCAGUUCUGAAGAGGUGACACUGAAGUUUCUCUCCUGGUGACUCCUCGGUGUCCAUGGAGCAAGCUGCUCCCUUUCUCCCUACAUGCAACCUGAUAUUGGCUUAGAAGGAGCCGAGAUGGAUAGUGAACGGUGGGGGACAGACAAGACAAGGUGUCAGGGGCUCACUCACUUCAUCAGUGUUGCAGUCGCAAGAGAAACUUGGGGAAACUAAAUAAGGGCGAGCAGCACCUACGAUCCUCUACAGUCACACCUGCCUAAUCGAUUCACUCAGUACUCCUUAAAAAUCACAUAUCUGUGAUUUACAGGUAUGGUGUGCAGCAGAGACAGAAACAAACCCUGCAGAGACAGAAACAAACCCUGUAUAAAUAAUACAGAAGCUAUAAAACACAAGUAAACAUUAACUCAACAAUAAAAGAUCAAGUUAAUAUUACACUUUUGUUUCAGGUAGUUAAAAAACUUGUCACAUCCUUUCAGUAUGUGAGGACUCUAUUACGAACCCCUCGUUGAUUUUAUCAUCCGCUUUUGUGUUUCGACCCACACAACAACCCGGUGCAGCAGACCACUAUUAGUCUCAUUGUUCCGAUGGAUAACUAAGCGAUGAUACAGCCCCAAAGUCAUUAAUCCAAAGUAAGAGUGUACAGGAUCGCAGCCCGAAUCCCCAGCGGAUUCACCCGUGGAUCUCAGACUUGACUGGGACCGCAAUCCUGUCCUAAAAUUCAUAUAUUUUGGAGCAGACCUGCAUUAGAAUCACGCUGUUGCUCUCUUAGUGCCUCAUCCAGCUUUGCUAGCCCACGGCUGUUUAGAGGGGGCUUUGCAAACUGUCCCAAUAAGCAAGGCUUCGUUUGACACCGUCCCCCAAAAGUCUUGCAGGUUCGGGGCCGCUCGGGAUUUCGUGGGGAGAUUCCCAGGUGCGCCCACGUGCGUCCUGUCGUGGUGAGAAGGGAUGAAACGGGGGAUCCAGAAAGCUCGCCUUCAAGCUUCACGAGCUUCAGGUUUCAGGGACUAAACGGGGGUGGGGACUAAAAGUGAGGAGGUGAAAAAUUAAAGUGGAAGACGCCCGAGAAAAGAGAGAAAGGGCAAGAACUGGCGCUCGUCCAACGCCGUUUCCCGUAAGCCACAUGCUCCCCGGCAGCUCUUAUAAGGCCGAGGGCGCGGGCCCCGGCCAGUGAAGGAGGCUGCCUUUUCUGGGCUUGUUGCAAGCGGAAAACUCUGCUCCUCUCGCCGCCCUGCCUGCGGGAUUUAGCGUGCCAGAAGGGGAAAAAAGGAACUCCAUCGCCGCUACUUGCAAUCUUGGAAUUACAGCCGGCGGAGUUGUUGCCAGUCUUCGGGAAGGGCGUGUGCACGGCGAAGGGAAAGCAGCUAGGAAAUUCCAGCUGGGAAAUGUUUCUCUCUCCCAGUGAUAUCUGCAAAAUUUGCCUGGAUAAUAGGAGAUGAUGAAAAUUAAGUAAGGGGCAAUCCAGGAAAAAAUGCUGUUGACACAGACUGGCAAAGAAGAGCAUGACUUCCCAUAUCCCAUUGGCCUUGCUCCUCCUUGUGGCCUGCACCAUCAAUGAGGCGGAAAAGACCAAGGAAGGCUGCCACCGGCUCAUCACCGAAUCCCAUCUGAGAAACCUGUCAGAUCUGAUUGAUAGUCAGAUGAAAACCUCAUGCAAGUAUUCCUUCUGCUAUGUGGACAAGACAGAACUGGGCAAUGUUGAAUGCUUUCUCAAAGCAGCAUUUUCACCACUGUCAAACAUUCUUGAUCAAAUCAAAUUCAAGAACAAUUCACCAAACUUCAAGAAGCUAAAAGCCAUCCAGGAUUUGCACUUGGAGCUUUUAUUCUGCCUUGGUGAUGAUCAUGUAGAUAAGCACUGCACCAAGAGGUUUUUCCUGACUGCAGAGGACAUGCUGCAGCUGGUCUACGAUUACUUCAGUGACGCUCAACGUUUCCUGUCCAAACCAAAUAUCAGCCAGGAUUGCAGCAGCAUCUUUCAGAAGUGUUCAGAUUGCGAGGAAAAGAAGGAAACAGAAGUCCCAGGUGUGGUGACUGACCAGGAUUGCCCAUGUCUGGCCACAAGCCCCAACAGUGGGGGAGGCUUGGCUUCUCUCCAUCCAGCCUCUGAGUCCUCUUCUUCCGUAGCAGACCACCUGGACAGCAAGGAGGCAGCUGACGGCAUUCAGCAGCUAUUUGUGCUGCCUGGCACCACACUGAUACAAGGAGUGGCAGAGCAUAGUACCAGGCCUAGGGUACUUAGAAGCACCCAGAUGGGCUCAGAAGCUACAGGAAGCAUGGAUUUCAGGGCUGACACUGAGAUGGUCACGUCCUUACCAGCAGAAGAGCAGCCACUGACAUCUGUAUUAAAGGAAUCUGAACCUCAAACCACAAACUCUCUCUCCCUUUUAGAUCCAGCUAUAACAUUGGACCAAUUUUCCCAUCAGCUCAAAAACAUUCCUCCAUCUAUUUCUAGUCAACAUCAUAUUGAUUCUCUGGAGAUCAAGUCUCCUGUCCCUGGUUCUGGAGAUCAUAGUGGCCAGGCAUGGCCUGAUGAAGUGAGUUCCCUUCCUUCUGGCCUUGACAAAUCCUUCCUCAGUAAGCAGUGGCUUCAAACAGGAGAAAUGAAAGAUGCCAUUACAGGACUUGUAACUGAUUGGGAUACAGCUGGCACCAGUAGCACACCCAGCCUAACCCUUGCAUCUUCUGCUGGUCUGAAGCCAGUGGAUGGCACCAGGGUGCCCUCCAGCAGCGGAUGGGCAACACUCCCACCUGAUGUCCCGGUGGCACUCUACCACGUUCUUGACUCUGAAGAAUCUGUGUCUGCAACAUUACAACCAUCUAGAUUGGUGGCCAAUACAGACAGCCCAUCCUCUCCAAGGCAGAUCUCCCCAGAAAGUGGAUCUUGGGGGGAGGUGGGCAACCGAGGCAGAGCCCCAGGAGGACAGCAGAGCACCCAGCUCCGAGAGAGACGAGCAGAACGAGAUGAGGGCCUGGCCCAGGACAGAGAGCCAGAGGAUAGCAUGCCAGGGCCUGGCUCUGAUCUGAGCUUCAUUCCUCCAAACACAGACAAGCAUACCAAGAAGCCAGAGCCCAGCGAUACCCGAGGGAUGACAGUGAUUUAUGUCGUGGUGUCCAGUGUCUUGGGGAUUCUGCUGGCAAUGGGAGGCCUCCUGUUCUACUUGCAUAAAAUCAGGUUUGUAGCACAGAGGCGAUCGCAGAGGAAUGAGAGUAACAUGGAGAGACCAGAAGAAGGAAGGCCACUAAAUAAAGAGGAGGAACAUGUGGAAUUGCAGAUCCAGGAGAAAUUAUGAGGUGGUCCUUUCUUUUGGUGAAGAAAGAAGCUUGUGAGGCUUGGACUAUAAGCCCUUUUAUGUAUGAUCCUCUCAUUGCUAUUGAAAGGAGUUAACACCAACUGGACACUGGGAAUUGAAGGCAUUACUGCGGGACUUUCUCAUGAGGAGUGUUUUAAUCUGUCCUUUUUUUAGUGAUGGAAAGAAUUUAAUGAGGAAGUGGACUCUUAUUUAUUUCUGGCACUGAAGAUUGGUUUCCCACAACGUUGCCCUGGUUUUGCCAAACAUUCAACAAGCUGGAGCUUGAUGAGUAGGAGGGAGACUGUCUGGAAACUGACAUGGACUUAGCCUCCUUCUUUCAAUGUGGUGAGGAGGAGCAUUUCUGCUUUUCAACCAGUAUGCCAACUGCUACCUGGAGUAGGAGGGGGAAUGUCCCUUCCAGAGUUCCUUUGAGGGGAGGGCAAUAUUCGGUUCCAGUGCUCCAGUCUCUGGGCAGGAAGGUUCAGCCAGCUCUUCUAAGAGCCUCUGACUUCUCUCUUGAACUGUAGAAGACCUUAGGAUCUCUGUUCAACUAUAUUUUCCUAGCCACAAUCAUCAGUGAUAUGGAUGAUGGCAACCUGUAGUAGUUCAAGGAAAACAGAUGGCUUCAAACCCUCAUCUUCUAAGCUGUGUGUAUCAUGCAGCCCUGGCAGGAAGGACAUAUCCCUCUAAGAUCUUAUCUGCUUACAACUUAGCUCCCUGCAUAACCUCGUGCAUUAAUAGGAGAAAGCUGCUAUUGGCUGUCUCAGCAAUCAUCUGGGUUUUCAUUCCCAGUGUCCAGCUUUUAACCUGAAAAACAGGACCCACUUUUAGCCUUGACUUACUAAAACUCAGGUGGGUCACUUGGAGGAGUAAUUUCUUAAUAAAAGUGAUUUUAAUUGCAUUUUAGGACAAACAAAAAAGAGUGCUUCAUAAAGCACAAUAUAGGAAAUUCACCACUGUAGGAUGUGGUGAUGUGGCCAUUAGCUGGCAGGUUUUAGAAUACAAUGAAGAAUAUGUACAGCCCACAGAGGACAUCAGCUUGAGCAAACUGGUGUAUAAAGCAUAGGUCUGUUGAUGGCUACUAGUCCUGAAGGCUAAAGAGGACCUUUAUAACCAGCUUAUUUGAAACUCUGGCUUUGUCAGCCUUUAUCUUUCUGUGCAUACAACAGCAACAACAGAUUAUGUUGAUGAUAUAAGCCAUCAGUUGGAGGGCCACAGGGGUCAGGUCAUAAUGUUUAUGAGUUUAGCAGCCUUUUCCAAACUAGUAGUGUCCAAAUACAUUGGAUUAAAUUUCCCAGCACCCAUUACCAAUACAGCCAAGGGAAGAUGCCAGCUUGAGGAAGGCUAAAGUUUAAAGCCUUGACCUUUAUCCCCUUGUUUGUGUCUAUCACAGUAAGAAGCAAAUAUUUAGUAGCGCUGAAAGGCCCAGAAGCAGUUUUAGUCCAAAGUGUGUUGUGACUACCCCUCUAUAGCCAUGCAGAUGCUGCUAGUUAUGUUGCAGCCAGUUUAAGCUGCUGUUUGCACUUUCUGCCUUCUAGAGCUUGCAGAACAUUGCAGGGAGGGUCAUCAGCCCAAGGAAAAUGUCCACAUUUUAGCACUGAUUUCUCCUCACUUUUGCUUCUUUCCAGAAGGACCAAUGACUAUCAGGGAAUACUUUUGCCCAUAAUUAUCUCACUGCCUUCCCCCACCUCACCCCAAAUCCAUUUUGGAAACUGAGGAUACAACCACAUUUAUUUCUUUUGGAAACCUGAACUUGCCAAAAGAAUACAGAGCAGGUUGUCUGGUGAGGGUGGGGGAACUGGCAUGGAAGAAGUGCCUUAAAAGAAGAAGGAAGUACUUAAUUCUAGCUACGCUUACUGAUUCUCUGUAGCAAACGGUUCUCUGGGCUGUAUCCCACCACCACCACUUUCAGAACUUUAUUAUGAAGGGAAGAAAUUCAUUAGGGAUUGGGAGGGGCUUAAUUCAAUUUUUCUUUUUAGAGGAAAAUUGAAGAAGGGAGCAGCAUAGUGUCACCUUGACAUAACAAAAUAAUUUUUAGGUUGAACCCGUGUUUUGUCCUUAAUGUACUCUGAAUGUUAAUUUUUAGACAAAGUAGGCUUUCUCCAGAAAUAAUUACACUUCUCUCACUCAUUUGUAUUCCUCUUCCAUGUUGUAGUGGUGGGCUGCUCCACGGGAGGCAAGCAAGAGUUGCCAUGGGCCAGUUCUAAACCGAAACCAAGCUGUUGCACUAUGUAUACGUAAAUGCUUUUCCUGCUGUACUCUGAAAACAUUCCAGUCUCACGUCUAGGAGUUAGUCUGUCGGGCCUGGGUAGGGAGGCUGCCUAGAUGGUCAGUCUUGCCCAGCUUCAUGCCGUCCUGUUCCUCAUCUCAAUUUGCACCUUUUCUUCUGUCGGUAUCAUCCUCUGCCUUUGGCUUUUGUUUGUGAUAAGGCAGGGGGUGAUCCUGAGCUGGCCUCAGGCUGACAAUGCUCUAUUUCCCAUUUUAGCUUUAAUGAGAUAUAAAUAAAUAAAUAUAUAUAUUUUUGA